AUGGCGCCUAGACUCCCUCCUCCACCGCAACCCAACGAACCUGAUGCUUCCAACAACUCUAGGUUGUUGGAGACGGUUAUUGAAAGACUCCAGCAACAAAACACCACCUUAAUGGAGCAGAACGCAGCUGCUCUACGUAGUCUAGAGGCCGCACGUGAGAAUUCUGAGGCUACUCAAAGGCAGUUAAUGGAUCUCAUUGCUGCCACCAGAGGUACGCCUGGAUCCUCCUCUUCAAAUGCUAACCCUCCAACCGAAUGGAGUUUGGAGAGCUUUUUGCAACACCAUCCGGCAAAGUUCAGUGGGAAAUGCCUCCCUGAUGAGGCAGAUCAGUGGCUGAGGGACAUGGAGAGGAUUUUCAACGCCAAGAGGUGCCCAGAUGAGACCAGAUUGGCGUUCGCAGAGUAUCUAUUGACUGGAGAAGCAAGCCACUGGUGGGCGAGCAUGAGGGCAAUUUUAACGGACGCUCAAAAUCCCAUCACCUGGGAAGUAUUUCGGAGCAAGUUUUAUGAGGAAUAUUUCCUAGAUAGCGUUCGCUUUGCCAAGGAAGUAGAAUUUCUGCAGCUGGUCCAGGGGGGUAUGUCCGUUUCAGAAUACACUAAUAAGUUCAAACAUCUCGUCAGAUUCAACACGAUGGCCACCAGUGAAGAGUGGCAGUGUAGGAAGUUUGAGAAUGGUUUGCGAAGUGACCUGAAAGUAUUAAUUUCCAGCUUGUGCAUUCGAACGUUUCCUGCCAUGGUUGAGAGGGCCAAGGUGUUAGAGAAGAACAUGGCAGAAGCUGAACGGCACAAGAAGCAACAAUAG